AUCCGAAUCCUAUCGAACAAGAGGGCCCAGACAACAGUCCACCGCGGAACUUCGCGCUGCUCGCGUUGUCUUCGUGUACAGUAUUCACGAUUAAUUCCAUUCAGCGAUUGUCGGAGCGUAAUCGUAAUGGAUAACCAGCAAGUAUGGGUGAGAGAUGCGACCGAGGGUUUCAUCAUCGGUAGAUUCGCGGAUAUGGUGGAUGGUGAUGCUCUGAUUAUACCACUGAAUCCAAAAUUCCCUCAGCGCACGUGUCCACUCGAUGAAGUGUAUCCAGCUGGAGAGUAUACCAAAGAUGUCGAAGACAAUUGCGCUCUCAUGUACUUGAAUGAGGCCACGUUGCUCAACAAUAUCCGAACUCGAUAUUUCAAAGAUCGCAUAUAUAGCUACGUCGCAAACAUCCUCAUAGCAGUGAAUCCCUAUUGCCCCGUGAAGGACCUCUACUCCCCCAAGAUGAUAAAAUCGUACCAAGGGAAAUCCCUCGGAGAAACCCCCCCUCACGUAUUCGCAAUCGCCGACAAAUCCUUCCGAGACAUGAAAGUAUUCAAACAAUCGCAGAGCAUCAUAGUCUCCGGGGAAUCCGGAGCUGGAAAGACUGAGUCAACCAAGUACCUUCUCCGCUACCUCUGCGAUCUCUGGGGUUCCAUGGCCGGGCCAAUUGAGCAGAAAAUCCUCGACGCAAAUCCCGUCCUCGAAGCCUUUGGUAAUGCGAAAACAAAACGCAACAACAACAGCUCUCGUUUUGGAAAAUUCAUGGAGGUGCAUUUCGACAACAAGUGUCAGGUGGUCGGGGGCUACAUAUCUCAUUAUCUCCUAGAAAAAUCACGAGUGUGUCUUCAGAGCUCGGACGAGAGGAAUUACCACGUCUUCUACAUGAUGUGCGCCGGGGCGCCACCAGAUCUGCGAGCCAAAUUGUGCAUCACCAAGCCAGACGACUUCCAAUACCUUCGCAACGGGUGCACACAGUACUUCUGCAACUCGGCUUCCGAAAAGAAACUCAACGACAGUCAGAAGAGCAAGGACCACACGUCGAAGGGCUGUCUGUCCGACCCCAUUCUAGACGAUGUUGAUGGGUUCAACGCUGUUGACCAGGCGUUCACACGUCUCGGGCUGACGUCAGCCGAGAAAAUGGAGAUAUAUACGAUGGUGGCGGCUGUCCUACACCUGGGGAAUAUCGCCUUUGAGGAUAAUCCAGAGGACACCAAGGGUGGCUCGAGAAUCUCCGGUCGUUCAGAGAAGGCUGUGAUAAUCACAGCUAGACUACUGGGAGUCGACCCAGAGGAAUUGCGCCAAUCGCUCAUAUCGAAAGUCAUGCAAACCAGUCGUGGUGGGAUCAAGGGAACCGUCAUCAUGGUGCCACUCAAGGUCUACGAAGCUAGCAAUGCUCGCGAUGCCCUCGCCAAAGCCAUCUACAGUAAACUAUUCGAUCACAUCGUGGCACGAAUCAAUCAGAGCAUUCCCUUCAAAGCCUCGAGUUACUAUAUCGGAGUUCUCGAUAUCGCUGGAUUUGAAUACUUCAAGGUCAACAGUUUCGAGCAGUUCUGCAUAAAUUAUUGCAACGAGAAGCUGCAGCAGUUCUUCAACGAGAGGAUUUUGAAGUACGAGCAGGAUCUCUACGCGAAGGAAUCACUCAAUGUUCCAAAAAUAUCUUACGCUGACAAUCAAGACUGCAUCGAUCUCAUUGAAUCGAAGAUGAAUGGGAUCUUCAGUCUUCUGGAUGAAGAGUCGAAAUUACCGACGCAGAGCUUCGCACAUUUUACGAGUGAGGUGCACAGAACGUGGUCCGGACAUUUCAGGAUCACAUUACCGAGGACUUCGAAAUUGAAGGCCCACAGGGAACUCAGGGAUGACGAGGGUUUCGUCAUACGACACUAUGCGGGUGGUGUCUGCUACCAGACUAAUCAAUUUAUCGAGAAAAAUAAUGAUGCACUGCACGCGUCUCUCGAGGGGCUCAUUCAAGAGAGUGGAAAUCACUUCUUGCGGACGCAGUUUGCGAAACUACCCACGCAGAAGGGGAAAUUAACGUUCAUCAGUGUUGGGAGUAAAUUUAAAACUCAGCUUGGAGAACUCAUGGACAAGCUAAAGAGCAAUGGAACGAAUUUCGUACGCUGCAUCAAGCCUAACAAUGAGAUGGUGGACCAUCAGUUCGAUGGGGGAAGCAUUCUGGGACAGCUCCGCUGUUCAGGCAUGACGUCUGUCCUGCAACUCAUGGAGAAUGGUUACCCCAGUAGAGUUCCAUUCCAAGAACUCUACAAUAUGUACAAGUCGUAUUUGCCGCCGGAAUUGGCACGACUCGAUCCCCGAUUCUUCUGCGAGGCUCUCCUGCACAGUCUCAAAUUGAGCAAGCGAGACUUUAAGUUCGGAAUUACACGGGUCUUCUUUAAGCCAGGGAAAUUCGCGGAGUUCGAUAGGAUAAUGAAGUCAGAUCCUGAGAAUCUACAGAAACUCGUGGCUAAUGUUAAGAAGUGGCUUGUGAGGUCGCGAUGGAAUAAAUUGCAGUUCUGCGCGCUGUCGGUGAUCAAAUUGAAGAAUAAGAUUAUUUACAGAAGGAAUCACCUCAUUGUCAUUCAGAAGACAGUGCGUAUGUAUUUGGCGAAGAAACAUCACCAGGCGAGGAUCAAGGGGAUCGUCAAGAUGAAGAGCUUGAAGAGCCAGCUUAUUAGAAUGCACGAGAUCACGAAUCAAUUGAGAAAGCUGAGGGACAAGAGUCUUAAAGACAUUGAGAAUCUGCAAUCGGAGAUUGAUUCGGGGAUUAAUACAAUUCGGCACAAUGAAAGGAUUAAAGGUGUGGAAAUUGAUGCGUUGUGCACGAAAUUGAGUAAUGGAGUCAAUCAGCUGAUGUCGGCCCUUCAGGACAUGGUUAAACAGCAGAAGAUUGAGGAGGAGCAGGAGCGAUUGACUAAGCUGCAGCAGGAGAUUGAAGCGGAGAAGAGGAGUAAGGAGGAAGAGCUGUUGAAGAAGAAAGAGGAGGAGGAGAAUAGACGUAAGAAGAUUGAAAUCGAGGCGAGGAGAAAGGCGGAGGAGGAGAACAGGAAGAGGCAAGAAGAAGAGGAUAAGAAGACUGCACUAGCUCUACAGGCUGAACUGGAGACGGAAGCAAUCGAAGAGAGUCGAUACCGUGAGGUCCUGGAGCAAGAACGAAGAGACCAUGAUCUGGCUGUUCGACUUGCCCAGGAGUCCAACGGACAAGUCGAGGACUCUCCCCCUCUCCCCCGAAGUGGCUCAGACUCGCGGGUUUCCACAACAAACAACAACAGGCUCAUCAGGUCAGAGCAAGUGCGAAAUCAUCAAGCAAUGACGGCGAACAAAAAAUAUGAUUUGUCAAAGUGGAAAUAUUCCGAACUGCGCGAUGCUAUCAAUACGUCAUGUGAUAUUGAACUACUUGAGGCCUGUCGUCAUGAAUUCCACCGUCGACUGAAAGUGUAUCACGCCUGGAAGGCGAGGAAUCGUAGGAGGACUACGAUGUAUGAGAACGAGAGAGCACCAAAGUCGAUAAUGGAAGCAGCAGCUAAAUCUCCACGCAAUCCCCUGAAACAGCAAAUAGUUGAAUCAUCGCAGAGAUUCUUCCGCAUUCCCUUCGUACGUCCUGGUGUUGCCCCACAACCUGAAAAUCCAACCACAAUUGGUAAACGCGGUUGGUGGUAUGCACAUUUCGAUGGACAAUAUGUAGCGAGACAGAUGGAGUUACAUCCGGAUAAACCUCCCAUACUUCUUACUGCAGGUAUCGAUGAUAUGCAAAUGUGUGAGUUGAGCCUCGACGAGACUGGUUUAACCAGAAAACGAGGUGCAGAGAUUCUCGAGCACGAGUUCAAUCGAGAAUGGGAUCGGCACGGUGGUAAACCAUACACAAAUCCUGGUGAUCGUAAAAAGUGAAGAGUUGUAUUCUUUAUAUUUUCGAUAGAAAAUUCAUUUGAUUCCAUUAAUGAAACAGUGUUUCAACUGUUGUAGUUACUUACAGUGAUUUAGGGAAAAGACAGUGAGCUUUUCUAUUUCAAAUGAGUGGAUUAUCGUCUUUUUGCAUAAUUUUCGAGUAGCAUAAUGAGAGAAUUAUUAAGAAGCUAUUUAUUAAAAAUGAUUCAGGUUUUUGUUGUAUGCAACAGUGAAUAUCGUUACAGUAACAUAUUUAUGCGGUAUCCCGGGGCAUGUAAUUCUACAUUUCAAUGAUACUUGGAAAUAUAUUCAAUAUUAAAUUAUUUAA